AUGGCCCCAAAGCGAGUGCUCAUUACCUACGGUGUCGAUGUCGAUGCUGUCGCCGGUUGGCUAGGCUCUUAUGGCGGCGAGGAUUCCACCAACGACAUCAGCAGAGGAUACUGGGCAGGCACAAUUGGAACUAGGCGAGUGCUGAAGUUGUUCAAGAAAUAUGACAUCAAAUCAACCUGGUUCAUUCCCGGUCACUCUCUCGAAACCUUCCCCGAGGACAUGGCCGCAGUCCGCGAUGCAGGCCACGAGAUUGGUCUGCACGGCUACUCCCAUGAGAACCCAACAGACAUGUCGCUUCAGCAACAGCGUGAUGUGUUGGACAAAACAUACCGAAUGCUGACUGAGUUCGCUGGGAAGCCGCCUCGAGGAAGCGUGGCACCUUGGUGGGAGACCAGUCAGGAAGGCGCUCAACUUCUUCUCGAUUAUGGAAUCGAGUACGACCACAGUAUGAGCCACGAGGACUGUCAAGCCUACUACCUUCGAACGGGUGACACUUGGACCAACAUCGACUACAAAAAGAAGGCAGAGGAAUGGAUGAAGCCCCUUGAGCAUGGUCCACAAACGGGUUUGGUGGAGAUUCCUUCAAAUUGGUACAUCGAUGACCUGCCCCCAAUGAUGUUCAUCAAGAGCGCGCCCAACAGCCAUGGCUUUGUCAACCCACGGGAUGUGGAAGAUAUCUGGCGUGAUCACUUUGAUUACUUCUACCGGGAAUACGAUGAGUUUAUCUUCCCCAUUACAAUCCAUCCGGAUGUUUCGGGACGACCUCAUGUGCUUCUUAUGCACGAAAGGCUGAUUGAACACUUCAAAAAACACGACGGCGUGGAAUUUGUGACCAUGGAGCAAGUUUGCGACGAGUUUAAGAGCAAGAAUGCUCCUCCCCCCGGAGCUUUGAUGCCUGCGAAGGCUGGGGCGAUGCUUCAGAAGUAG